UGGUCAUCUGUACUAUGUCUGCAGUCCCUGGCAUUUUCCCUAUACUAUGUCCGCAGUCUCUGGUCAUCUCCUGUACUGUCUGCAGUCUCUGGUCAUCCCCUGUACUAUGUCCGCAGUCUCUGGUCAUCUCCUGCACUGUGUCCGCAGUCUCUGGUCAUCUCCUGUACAAUGUCCGCAAUCUCUGGUCAUCUCUUGUACUGUGUCUGUAGUCUCUGGUCAUCUCCUGUACUGUGUCCGCAGUCUCUGGUCAUUUCCUGUACUGUGUCCGCAGUCUCUGGUCAUUCCCUGUACUAUGUCCGCAGUCUCUGGUCAUCUCCUGUACUGUGUCUGCAGUCUCUGGUCAUCCCCUGUACUGUGUCCGCAGUCUCUGGUCAUCCCCUGUACUGUAUCUGCAGUCUCUGGUCAUCUCCUGUACUGUGUCUGCAGUCUCUGGUCAUCUCCUGUACUGGGUCCGCAGUCUCUGGUCAUCUCCUUUACUGUCUGCAGU